GCAGAAGAAGACGCCACCAGAUAAACAUUUCUCCAUUUUAGAAACUCCUCUCGUAGGAUGGAACAUCUGAGCGCAAUAAGUGUAAAAACUGUAACUUCUGAAGAGACACAGCAGCUCCUGCGGGCGCAGAGUGCAGCUAUGGGAGACAUUUCAGAAACGGUUAAAGAAGAGGAGAAGGGAUACUUUCCGGAUGCCAACAUCCUGCAGGCUGAUAUUCAGCGGGUGGUGAUUGUUAAAGAAGAAGCUCCUGUAGACCACAAACCUUGUGCUGACCUUCAUGACCCAAACUACUACCACAUAAAGGAGGAAAAAGAAGAAAUCUAUGUUAGUUUGAGGGGAGAGCACUUCAAGGAGAAGAAGAUUGAUACCGUCAGGUUUCCAGUUACCGCUACUACCAUUAAGACCAUGGAUGAUGACAACCAGUCCUCCCUGCUGUAUCCAGACCAAAUUGAAGGAGCGAAACAAUAUCAUGGAGAUGAGUCUGUUUCUAUAAAGACUGAAGACACUGAGAAUGUGGAUAAUGGCUGUGAUAUAAAACAUCCAGUCUAUGAGCUGCAUCACUUUACAGACUCUGGACUUGAAGCCAAAGACGUGAAAAAUAACCAGGCCGACAACUCAGAAUCUGAGUAUAAAGGAAACAUUGUUAAUGAACCUUUUCCUAAACAAUUUUUUUACAGUUGCUUUCUUCAAGGAGACACAAUCAAUUCAGAAAUGGGUCAUUCAAGCACCCAAGAUAACAAAUGUUUUACAGAGAGGGAAAAUGUGGACUCCGGAAAGAAAAUAAUGGAAGGAAUGAAGUUUACCUGUGAAGACUGUGGUAAAACUUUCUUUAAAAAAGAAUAUUUAAGAAUUCAUAAGAGAAUCCAUACAGGAGAGAAACCUUACAGUUGUGAUCGCUGUGGGAAGCGAUUUGCUGUAAAAUCGACGCUAAGAACACACAUUAUAAUUCACACUGGAGAGAAACCCUUCUGUUGUGAUCAAUGCGGAAAAAGAUUUAACCGUAAAACAACUUUAAAGAAACACAUUAGAAUCCACACAAGACAAAAAUCUUCAGAAAUGGAGUCGUCAAUUAUACAAAAUGAUAACUGUAUAACAGAUGGACAACAUGUGGAGUCGGGAAUAACAGGAAAGGGAGGAAAGUUUAGAUGUGAGGUUUGUGGUAAUACCUUUAUGAGAAAACAAAACUUAAAAGUUCAUAGACGAAUUCACACAGGAGAGAAACCUUACCGUUGUGAUCUAUGUGGACAAAGGUUUCGCAAUAAGCCAAUUUUAAACACGCACAUGAGAAUCCACACAGGACAGAAGCCUUUCUGUUGUGAUCUCUGUGGGCAAAGAUUUUUCGAAAGAAAAAAUUUAAACACUCACAUGAAAGUCCACACAGGGCAAAAGGCUUUCUGCUGUGAUCUUUGUGGACAAAGAUUUAGCCGAAAAAACACUUUAGACAGGCACAUGACUACCCACACUGGACAGAAACUUUUCCACUGUGAUCUGUGUGGACAAAGAUUCAGCCGAAAAGCAAAUGUCAGCACACACAUGACAAUCCACACAGGGGAGAGAUCUUUCUGUUGUGGAUUCUGUGGACAAAGAUUUAGCCGAAAAAACACUUUAAACAGGCACAUGAAAAUCCAUGCAGACCAGUAAGCUUUCUGAAGGCUGUUUCACUGAACAAAGAUUAGAGUAUUAGGCUUUGCUUGUUUGCAUAUCCUGGCCUAAUUAUGCCAUUAAUUGGUUUUAUCGAAAAAGUAAGAAUUUAUUCAGCACAGGGAUUUUUUCUGUGUAGUUAGCCUGCUCCAGAUCAGGCUAUCACUCAGGCUUAGUUAAUCCUGUUUGUGUAUCUGUCCUGUCGGUGGUUAAACUAGGGCUGGGCGAUAAUUCAAUAACAAUAUAUAUCGAUCGAUAGACGUGUGGCGCAAUA